AUGAAUGUGACAUUGAACUGGUGGGGUAUGGGUAAUGAGGCGCAAAUAGCACAGCGAAUCUUCGAUUUUGAUGAUUGGAAUAUUUACACAUUGGCUGAAUACAGCCCCUAUUUUGUUGCCGAUGAACAAUUCAUCCACUUUUGGUGGAAACCACAAACGGUUAACUACUUGUUUUACUAUAAGAUGUCAAUCAGAUUGACUUAA